AUGGGUCGAGUGAAAUUGGAGAUAAAGCGAAUAGAGAACAAUACGAAUCGACAAGUUACAUUUUCGAAAAGACGAAAUGGUUUGAUAAAGAAAGCUUAUGAAUUGUCCAUUCUUUGCGACAUCGACAUUGCUCUUCUCAUGUUCUCUCCUUCCGAUCGUCUUAGCCUCUUUUCCGGCAAAACAAGGAUCGAAGACGUUUUCACAAGAUUUAUCAAUCUUCCUGACCAAGAACGAGAGAAUGCUUUAUUUCCCGAUCAAAGCCGACGCCAGACACUGCAGCAACUCAAGGCUGAGAAUGAUAUUGCUCUUCAACUCACCAACCCUGCAGCUAUCAACUCCGACGUCGAGGAACUUGAGCAAGAAGUAUAUAAGUUACAACAACAACUUCAUAUGGCAGAGGAAGAACUAAGGAAAUACGAACCAGAUCCAAUCAGGUUUACAUCAAUUGAAGAGUUCGAAACUUGUGAGAAGCAACUCAUCGACACUUUAUCACGUGUCACUCAACGAAGGGUCAAUACCUUAAACUUCUCUUAA